AUGGAAUCAGUACAAUCAAUUAAAUAUUGUAUCAGACCCGCUAGAUUUGUGCCAAUUCAACGAAAUUAUUCUCUCGGUUGUUUGAAUAGAGGUAUAUUGAUAUCAUUCGAUGUUUUGAAACAGUAUAAUAUUACUACACAACAACUAUUGCGAUGGCGCUCUGGUGUGAGUGCGAUUGAUCGGUAUCGUGCUUAUCUUGCAAACCAUCCAUUAGGAACUAACGAAGAAACAGAACAUUUUAUUUGUAAUUGUACAAAUAUGAGAACUUUUGGUGUCUUAUGUGAAUAUCAAUUUUCACAAGUCAGUUUCGAAGCAACAAUUCUCUCGCAGUAUACACAGAAACUAAGAUAUCCACUGGGUAGUCAACUGUUCGGUACUACAACGUGUUAUAAAACGUCAUUUCCAUGUGAUUAUGGAAAAGUCUGUCUUGAUUGGCGAAAUAUUUGUGAUGGAAACCAACACUGUGUGGAUGGAACCGACGAAGACUUCUGUGAACAUUCGUUAUUGAACGAGUGCAAUCAAGAGAGCGAAUAUCUUUGCAAAAAUGGAAUGUGUAUUGAUGAAGAAUACUUUCUCGAUGGAGAUAUCGAUUGUCAAGAUCAAUCAGAUGAACAACGUCUUUCAAUUUAUGCUCUUACAACCUUAUGCUUCGCUCGGCCCAAACUGGAUUGCGAUGAGAGAAUAUCAGAUAGUAAAAGACUCAUUUCUUGUGGUGAUGGAUCACACGUAUCUGUUGAACAACAAUAUCGAGAAGUGCCAAUGGUCAAUGUUUUUGAUACUUGCUACACAUUUCGAGAGAGACAAUGGAAAUGUGAACUGAAUAAUCGAGAGAUCAUGUGGACAAAUCCAGCGAAUGGCCAUUGUUUAGACUAUGUUGAUAACACCCACAAACGUAAUCGUUGUCGUGCUUAUUUCUAUCUUUACUGUGGUUCAAAUAAUGUCUCACUAUUUGCUUAUCUAUCUGGACGUAUAUUCACGCCAUUUGUUGAGACUUAUUAUAAAAGCGAUACGCACAAUUUUGAUGGCAAUGUAUGGCCAGAUGUUUUUAUUUUCACUCGUAGUAUUAAAUGUAAUAGUGAAAUACGAGCAACGCCGAAUAUAACAAACCAGAACGAUUGGCUCUACGAUGAAUAUGUAGUAACCCAAUCUGCAAAAGUAUAUAGUGCGCAUCCCUUAGAAGUGCUUUUGUGUCAGAGGUAUGCAUCGAUCAAUGCAAAUAAAACGAACUAUGGAAAUUGUUGGAAUGACUCGUAUCCCAAUCAAGCCAAGCAUUGUCCAGAUUCAAUACCAUAUGGUUGUAUCUCAAAAUAUCAUGUCAAAGAUGGCUCUCGUGAUUGUACACGUGCGGGUGAUGAGACAAUAUAUAAUUGGUUUGAAGAUUGUUCAUCAAUUCAGAAACAUCGUUUUCGAUGUUCAAAAACUGAACAAACUUGUUUGACAGCCUUGUCAAUUGGAGAUAAUCGUGUCGAUUGUAAGGAAAAUAAUCACGACGAAUAUUCUCAAGAUCACAAUCUUGAACUAAAACACCUCAAAUGUGUUAGUGGAGAUUCUGCCGAUUGUAUAUUUCUUCGUCAAUACAUUGCGGAAUCGCCGAUCUUAGACACAAACACCACCGAAUUGGUCGAUAACUUGAUCACAUUCUGGAAACAUUGUGAUUCUUAUUGGGAAAAGAGUUAUGGUGCCGAUGAAAUUGACUGUCAUCAAUGGAGAUGUCCAUUACAUUACUCCUCCCGACGAUUUUAUCAAUGUCGAACAGGUCAAUGUAUUGUCGAAAAUCUGUUGUGCAAUGGGGAGUGGGAUUGCUCAGAUGGAUCUGAUGAAGAAGGCAUUCAGUUAUUAACAGAGCACACUAUCGGUGAACAUAAUUUGAAAUUAUUUCAGCUACUAGGAACAAAUUUAACCGCGCAGAAAUGUCAGUGUUUGAAAGUGAAUUCAGAACACCCAUUCAUGCAAUUUUGUGAUAUCAAAACUGAAUAUCCUUGUCUGUUGGCGAAUGUAGAUGAUGCAUUGAACUUUGACUUAAAUCGACCAUGCAUUAAUUUAACGCAACUGGGUGAUGGUCGUGUAGACUGUUAUGGCGGAUUAGAUGAACGAAAUAUAUUGAAUUGUUCGUCGCACGAACAGCUGGGUUUUGGAUUUAAAUGUAAUAUCAAUGAUAGAUGUAUUCUACGAAGAAAACAAUGUACCUCUGCUAAUCGAUGCUUUAAUGGUAACGAUCGUCUGCUAUGUAUCUAUUUGUAUAAUAACUCAAAUGCGAAAUGCAAUGGUCAGCAGUCAACCGCGACCGUAAAAGAUGUUCAUUGUCUUAAUGGAAGCUGUUUACUAAAUUCCAGAUGUAAUGGCUUGGCAGAAUGCCCAUUCGGAGAAGAUGAAUACUAUUGUGCAACUGGAAGUUCCUUUGCAACAGGAACUUAUCGACCGCGCAUCAAGGAGUCUUAUUUUCCUUCAAUGAAAAUACAACUACCAAAUUAUUCUCCAUCUUCUUUCCUAGUAAAUAAAUCCGAUGAAAACAAUGACAAGAACAAGACGUUAAAACCACAGACAUCAAUGACUGCUAUUCAAGAUCAAAGUUCGUCCACAAGAUCAUCUCGACAAAAAAUGGCUCACCAGCAUUCUGAGGAAGGUUGGAUAUGUAAUCGUGGAGUUGCCGGGAUUAAAAAAUUGUUUGGUGAAAGCCAGUUAACUGUACAAUGCUUUUGCCCACCAAGUUAUUACGGCGAUCGGUGUGAAUUCAUGAGUGACCGACUAACAGUGUUUAUUCGCUUUGAAAAUCAGAGUAAUGCUUUGUCAAAAGGUAUCAUCAAAAUAUUAGCUCUACUCGUUGUUAUCAUCAAUGAUACAGCAACAGUUCUUGAUCGCCAUGAAGUUCAUUUUACAUCAGCACUUGACAAUUUUAAAGAGAAACAGAAAUUCUACUUGGUUUAUCCUCGACCUCAUCAAUUACGAUCAAAUACACAUCAUUAUACAGUUCGUUUUGAAGCAUAUCAAUUGAAUGAAGAUGAGAGUAUUGAAUUUCUAGCUGUUUGUAUCUAUCCAGUUCCAUUUAAUUUUUUACCAUCACAACGUCUCGCUAAAGUAUUAAAAUAUAUUCAACAACCACAACUCGAAUCAAAUCAUACGUGCUUGUCAAAAACCAAUCCAUGUUUGAAUGAAGGCAGGCGUCAUCCAAUUAUGAAUAAGUUGAGCGACAUUCAUUCAUAUUGGUGUGAAUGUAGAAACAGUUCAUACGGUUCUCAUUGUGAAUUCAAAGAUGAAUCUUGUUUUAUCAGUUCAACAAAACUCAACUAUUGUUCUCCUAUGGCAUUGUGCCGUCCGCAAUAUGAUCAUUAUGGACAGAAGCCACUAUGCAUAUGUUCAAUGAAUUCAUAUGGUCCACAUUGUUUUAUUGAUCGACAAUGUCAGAUGAAAAACAAUCAAAAUCCAUGUCAAAAUGGUGGAAUAUGCUUCACCAAAUAUCAACAUCAUAAUUUGAUUGAUGCUUACAUGUGCCAAUGUCCAAAAUAUUAUUUUGGUCCAAUAUGCCAAUAUCGUUCAGGUGCAAUCGAAAUUACCUAUGAUUCUGAAAAUCGGUCCGUCACUUUGUCUGGUGACCAAAUUACUGCAACAGUAAUACAGUUAUUCGAUAUUAAUACUCGUGGAGAAUUGAACUUAAAAAAGCAAGUCCUUUAUAAAGAUAGUUUACCUUCACAUUUAAUAGUUACUUCUGAGAGCAUAAUUCAUCCAGUGUUUGGUUUAAUUAAAUUAUAUACCAAUCAAUCAAUAAUUCAGUAUCAUCUAUUAUAUACUAGUUCAAUUGCCGGAUCGUCAUUGAAUCUGACUCUCAACUUUAAGAAAGAGAACCAUUGUCCACAUUCACAUGACAUCUUCAAUUUGCGUAAUGAAACAUAUCAAAUUCGGAAUGUUGUCGCCAAGUAUCACACUUUAUGUAACAAGACUACGUCUAAAGGUUCACCAUUAUUAUGUUUUGUUGAUGAUGAUUAUUUCUGUCUAUGUGAUAUAAACAAUAUUGCUCAGUGUUUUCCUUAUAAUAAAAAAUUCGAUCAAUGUAAACAAUGUUUGGCACAAGGUCGAUGUAUCAAAGGUGAUAUAGAUACACCAAGUGAUUAUUUAUUUCAAAGCAAAGCAGAAGUAUUAGCAGUAGUGAAUGUGGUCCAAACAGCAAAUUUAAGAAGUGAAGUAAAAACGAUUCAAAAUGUGCUUAGAAACGUGGAUCAAGCAACACUGAGUAAUCAGGCACAAAUUCUACAUCUCAGUGAGGGCCAACUCAAGUUGGCACUCGAACUAAAUAACACGCAAGUCGCCUUAAACAAAACUAUUGCACUAGUUAACGAACAUGCUAGUAUUGUCAGACAACAGGAAGACGCUUUACGAUUAGUUCUAUCACAAACAGUCUUCCUGAGCACCCGACUAGCAUCGGUAGUGCACUCAAUAGAAACAUAUUUUAUUCAUACAUCAAUUGAAAAAAUAUUAUCCAAUGAACUAAAUUUACUUUUCGUACACCGACAAGAUAUAUCGAAAGUAGUGGAUUCGGUAUUACAGACAAUGGAUAUUACCGGUGAUGAAAUCGGAAGUUCAUUGCCCACAAUAGAAAUAAUCACUCAACUGCUCGUUCGACAGCAAAUAGAUUUCGUACAAACAACAACGGCGGAAUCCGCGGACGAUACUUCGCUAAUUGGAAAGUUAAUGUUUACGUCGUUUUCCGCGGCACCUAAUAAAAAUCAAGCGCCGUUCGCGGUAUACGAAUUAAUACCAAUACCAUUUAACCAAAAUAACAAGCGCUUACGACUAGCGCAAAUGCCAGCAUACCCGGGAAUUAAUUCCAAAUCACACCAACUCGUUCGUUGGUCCAAAGAGGAAGCGGCAGCUUGUGAUUUUUUGCAAAUGACGACUUGCCGAGAAUCUCCAGUGAGGCGGAAGGAAACCCAAAAUGAUUGUAUUUAUCAACUACUGACCGACGCAAAAUUAGAAGAUUGCCGGGUGGAAUACUUUGCUGGCAAAUUGUUCGUGCAUCGCGUCGGGCAAUAUUGGGCCAUAUCUACUAUCAAUGCCACCAAAUGCCACACGGUUGCAACACCAGAAAUAGAACAACACUUACUUCACGGGAAUGAAGAAAUUACUAUAUCGUCAAUGGCUUUAAUCACCACAAUGAAUGCGAAAUCAUUGGCGUGUGAUUGA